AUGGACCACUUCCCUCUCUUCGGUCACAUUCUGAAGCAGUACAUCCCGAUCAAGCUCCGGCAUGAGAUCCCAUACGAUGGAGGAGGCUUCCACGGGUUUGAGCAACGCGCAGGCUUCGACUCCAGCGAACUCUCAGAAGGCCUCUUCGUCGGAGACCAUUCAUUACUCCAACGGCCGCCGUCUGUGUACGCCUCCCUUAUCCAGUCUUGGUUCUACUGGGCUUUAUUGCACGAAUGCCUUCAGCGGGCAGUCGACAUCGAGGAUUAUAGUGAACAGAGGCCAAAUGACUGUCCCAUGCUCACCACGAGAUAUCUGGAGCGCGAUCUGGUCGGUUGUGCGCACAAGCUGCAAGCCACUGAUCCAGUCAGUGCUGUCACGCAUAUCAACAACGCAGAGGAUGCUCUCGCAAAGACUUCCUUCCUUCUCAAGCUGCUGUCUGGUCGCAUUGAGAAGGCCACUAAGAACCCCACUAACGAGAGAGCACAAUUCUGGGCAGCACACGGCCGCGACUUUCUCCCCCACGAUCUCGAGCUUUCAUUGUGCUGCCUUGGAUACACACUGACACAUGCCAUGAGCGCCAUUUCUGCGGAGCUGUGUCUGCCUUCUUUUGAAGGUCAUGCGCGUGCUGGCGGACAUUGGUACACGCCUCCUUUUCUGAUCCGUCUCGCGGAGGACCUGGGAUUUUGUAAGAGUGAUACCCGGCAUUUCGAGGACAUUCAUGGCUUUGUCACCGCGUGUAUGGCGGUCGCACUUCCCGGCAUCAACAAGCGAGGCGACCACUCAGGUUGCACAUCGGAAGGCUGUGAGGUCGAUAACAUCAGGCCUGAAGAGUAUGAACAGAAACAUGUUCAGAAUGGCUGUACAUGCUCGCAGUUGAUGCCUCGCGAAGCAUGGGAUGCCAUGCUGAAAGUCAUCGAACAGGACGGGAUACCUCUCGUAAGAGUAAAGCCUCAGUCUCAAAGCAUCGGAGGCCGCAUCGACUUCGAAGUCGUGCAAGCAGGCCCCGGUACCCGCUAUCUUGCGUAUAGCCACGUCUGGGCCGACGGCCGAGGAAACGUUUCAGGCAACGAGCUUUAUGAAUGUCAAUGGCGCUGGCUCCAAGAAUGCGCACAACAGUACGAGGAGAGAGAUUUGGACAUCUGCUCCGCGCCCGGUGAGAACCUACUGUUGUUCUGGAUCGACACUUUUUGCGUGCCGCGAGGUUCCGACGAUCGGAUGUGGCAGCUCCGUACCAAGGCUAUCCUCUCCAUGUCAGAGAUCUAUCGCCGGGCAGAGGUGGUGAUGGUACUGGACUCUGCUCUCGAGAAUGCCGACAUCACAUCGGUGCUCGAGUUCGGCAUGCAGUUGAAGUUCUGCGGCUGGUCUCGGCGUGUGUGGACGUUACACGAGGGAGCAGUUGCGCAAAACUUGAUGAUCAAGUCCGGCAGAGGCCUCGUCAGUCUGGCAUUGCUCAAUUACCAGAUGGCGAAGGCGAAAUAUCCCUGCAGGGAGGGAGAUGAAUGGCGGAUCUGCGCUGGCAUGGAACAGCAGUAUAUCCACGCCGUGCUUCAAAAUUGCCUGAUGAUCAACAGAGUUUCGUCCUCUGAGAAGGUGACCUUUUUUAAUACUCGGAGAGAGCUGCAGAACCGAGCCACUUCGUAUCCCAGCGAUCGAUAUCUGGUCAUGGGAAUUAUCAAUCAAGCAAGUAAAGAGACGCUGUUAGCUCUCCAGAGGACCGACGACAAUAGGCGGAACCCGGAGGAGGUCGAGCUGACCAAGCUGAAACUGAUCCUGCUUUCUGCGCCAACGAUCCCUCAGAGUGUGAUCUUCUCAAAGGAUGCGAGAUUUCCGGAAUUUGGCAUGCAGUGGGCUCCCGCGACCAUAGGCGGCGAUAUCCCCGUGGACGAUAGUGUUGUUCCAGUUCGGAGGAUUCCCGGCAAAGGCGCGAUCGUAAAGUACAAAGGAUGGCGCAUCACCAGCUCACCUCACAAACUGGACACCACAGCAUCUUUCAUCUCGGUCAAGUUGGACCAGGCCUACCAGUAUCAAGACCGAUACAAACUUGCCAUCUGGCCGGUCGACAAGAAACGGAAGAACUUUGCGACUCUUGUAUCCUCUAUCAGCCCAGAUGCAAGGCUGGCAGUUAUUCUGAGCGUUGUCCCCAGCCGCAAUGACACGGCCGUGAAUUUCAAGAUUGCGCUUCUCGUCGAAGAGAUCGGAACCUUAGUAGGCGACUGUGUCCAGGACGUCGAGGUGGACAGCGUGGCCCAUGUCAAGUACCUUACGCCCCUCAGAGUUUAUGCGAUGCGGGAUAACAGCGGCGUCAUGCAAGAGAUCGAAGCGGAGUGGCUCAAGCAAGGCAUGGAGAUCUUAUGGUGUGUUGGAUAA